CAUAUACAUAUAUUUGAGUGCAUGUGUUAGUGUAUGAUAGAGGGAUGGAGUGGAGAACCUGCUAUCUAGAUGUAGUUUUGGUGCCAAUGGGGUUAAUGAUAUGUAUGGGGUAUCAUGUAUGGCUAUGGCAUAAGGUUCGAACUCAACCCCUCACUACGGUCAUCGGAACUAAUGCCCGCGGCCGUCGGUUUUGGGUCUCCUCCAUCGUCAAGGACAACGAGAAGAAGAACAUCCUGGCCGUGCAGACCCUCCGCAACACGAUCAUGGGGUCCACGCUGAUGGCGACGACGUCGAUCCUCCUCUGCUCCGCCAUGGCGGCGGUGGUGAGCAGCACGUACAGCGUGAAGAAGGCGCUGAAGGACUCGGUGUACGGCAGCCACGGCGAGCUGAUGACGGCGGUGAAAUACGUGAUGCUCCUCCUCCUCUUCCUCUUCUCCUUCAUCUGCCACUCCCUCUCCAUCCGCUUCUUCAAUCAGGUCAAUUUCCUCAUCAAUUGCGCUGCCGACGGCGGCGGGGCGAUCGCGGCGGAGUACGUGGCGGAGCUGCUGGAGAGGGGGUUCGUGCUGAGCACGGUGGGGAAUCGGCUCUUCUACGGCGCGGUGCCGCUGCUGAUGUGGAUUUUGGGGCCGGUGCUGGUGUUCCUCUGCUCCGUCGCCAUGGUGCCUCUGCUCUAUAAUUUGGAUUUCAUCUUCGCGGCGCCGGACAAGGGGAAUCAUUUUAAUUAUGGUGUGUGAUUCAUUGAUGAUGAUUAUCAGAUCGCACAUUUUUUAAAUAAAAUUUGGUCAUUUUUCAUCUUUUAUUUUGUGGAUCGUAGCAUACCGUUUUGAUCAACAAUGUAUCAAAAUUCAAAUCAAGCUGAAAUGAACAAAAAUCUAAUGACCUA